GGCGGGAGGACGGAGCAGCGAAGAGGAGCGAAGCUGGGAACCAUCUGGUUACUUGCGAGCGGUGUGAUGUGACGUUGCCUGGAUUAUAAAGCAGAAACUCAAUCACAUGUUGCUGGCUUCUCAGUGCCCCGAUCCUCUCUGUCAUCUCUCUCGCUCUCCUCUCUUUCUCUCGCUCUCUCUCUUUUUCUGUCUGUCUGUCUGUCUGUCUGUCUGUCUGUCUGUCUCUCUCUCUCUCUCUCUCUCUCUCUCUCUCUCUCUCUCUCUCUCUCUCUCUCUCUCUCUCUCUCUCUCUCUCUCUCUCUCUCUCUCUCUCUCUCUCUCUCUCUCUCUCUCUCUCUCUCUCUCUCUCUCUCUCUCUCUCUCUCUCUCUCUCUCUCUCUGGCUCUCUCCCUCUGCAGAGAGUGGCUGGGCUGAAAGAGGGAGCUAAGGACUAGGAUCUGGGCGCCGCUUCUUCCCCAGGAGGAGCACGUUGGUCUCUUUCUACCGUCGGGAGAUUUUAUUUUUCCGCGAGGACAGUGCUGGAACUGACAGUUCUCCGUUAGGACCAGACUGCAUUUUCUACCCAAGUGCAUUGUCAGGAUAACUAUACUAAAAUGGAAGCCUUGGACAGGACUCUAAAUCACUAUUUUGUUUUGUGGUUUGGGCCAAGAGAUCGCAGAGUUGAGGGCUUUUUCCUUCUAGAUACGUACCCUCCUACGUUUAUACUUAGUCUCCUAUACCUAUUUCUGGUUUGGCUCGGACCAAAGUACAUGCGGAAUAAACCACCCUUAUCUUCCAGAGGCGUCCUUGUGGUUUAUAACAUUGGAUUAACUCUCCUUUCCUUAUACAUGUUCUGUGAGCUGGUGAAAGGUGUUUGGGAUGGUGGAUACAGUAUUUUCUGUCAGGACACGCACAGCGCUGGUGAGGCUGAUCUUAAGAUUAUCCGUAUCCUAUGGUGGUACUACUUCUCUAAAGUCAUAGAGUUCAUGGACACAUUUUUCUUCAUUUUACGAAAGAACUACCAUCAGAUCACUAUUCUGCAUGUCUAUCACCAUGCCACCAUGUUCAACAUCUGGUGGUUUGUUAUGAACUGGGUGCCCUGUGGUCACUCUUUCUUUGGGGCUACCCUGAACAGUUUCAUUCACGUGCUUAUGUACUCCUAUUAUGGUCUCUCUGCCGUCCCAGCCAUGAGACCUUAUCUCUGGUGGAAGAAGUACAUUACUCAAGGACAAUUGUUGCAGUUUGUUCUGACGAUAAUCCAGACCAGUUUUGGUGUUAUCUGGCCCUGUGGAUUUCCGAGUGGCUGGCUGUACUUUCAGAUUGGCUACAUGAUCUCCCUAAUUAUUCUCUUCACAAACUUCUACAUACAGACCUACAAGAAGAAGGGCGCCUGCCAAAGUAAAGACUGUCUAAAUGGCUCCACAUUAGCCAUGAAUGGACACAGCAAUGGCCUCUUUGCACCAAUGGACCACAACUCAGCAAAGAAAACCCACUAAGUUUCCAGGGCCUGCACGGCACAUCGUAGACACACUUAAGAUUUUUGUGACGUUCUAAAGCAGUUUCAAAGGUUACCAACGUGUUAACUAUAUCCGGUCCUGCGUUGUAUAGCCAGAGAGGCUGGGGACAUGGAACUGAAUAUUGUUGUGAUUAAUAGGGAAAAUAAAUUUAGAGCAACUUCCUUGUCCGAAAAGUCUUAGAUAGGUAGAGAAAUUCAUUACAACUCUAUAUAAUUUUAAGAGUGGUAGAUUAUUUCCUGAACAUGAGCAAUGGACCCAGUGUAAAUCAGGUAAAAGAUAGUUAAUUUUAGUUUACAAUACUCUUGUUGCCUUACCGCUUAUUUGUGUGUUAGGAAUUGUCUUGUAUUCAUUCUAAUCUUAAACCAUAUUUAUUCAUUUACGCUGAAAUGUAAUUUAGCACAGAAUUUUGGCCCAAAUGCCUUAGCUUUACCUAAAGUUUCAAUGCUGCAUAAUUGUUAGGUUUUAACCAUUUCAAGAAUCCCAUUUCUCCUUUGUAUAGAUGUACACUCAGUGGCCACUUUAUCUGGUAUCUCCUGUAGCUAAUAAAGAAGCCACUGAGUGAGUGUUCGUGGUCUUUUGCUGCUGUAGCCCAUCCACUUCAAGGUUCAACAUGUUGUGCAUUCAGAGAUGCUCUUCUGUACACCACUGUUGUAACGUGUGGUUAUUUGAGUUACUGUCGCCUUCCUGUCAGCUUGAACCAGUCUGGCCAUUCUCCUCUGUCCUCUGAUUAUCAAGGUGUUUUCGCCCACAGACCUGCUGCUUAUUAGAUUUUGUUUUUGUUUCUCGCACCGUUCUUUGUAAACUCUGGAGUCUGUUAUGCAUGAACAUCACAGGAGAGCAACAAUUUCCGAGAUACUCAAACCACCUGAUCUGGCACCAACAACACUCCACGGUCAAAGUCACUUAGAUCACAUUUCUUUCCCAUUCUAAUGUUUUGUCUGAACAACAACUGACUCUCUUGACCAUGUCUGCAUGUGUUUAUGCAUUGAGUUCCUGCCCCAUGAUUGGUUGAUUAGAAAUUUGCAUUAAUGAGCAGAUAGACCUCAUAAAGUAGCCACCGAUUAUCCUAGUUGGCUCGUCAAUCUUAAAAAAUAGGAUUUGACUGCUGGCACAUAAAUGAUUGAGGUGUGUUUAAUACAGUCAAUUCCUUGACAGUAUAGAUGACUAUUCCAUCUUCAGAAGUUGUCCACCCUUUUUGACUGAUUGCUUCCAAUUUGACUUAGCUAGUUGGUAGAGAAUCUCUUGCCAUUUUGAAACUUCCACUUUUGCCAGUGGAUCUGAUCCCAUACUAUUGCUUUAUCUGACUUCACUUUACCCUUGGCCAGAACUCCAACACCGCUUCCUCUUCCUUCUCAAAACAUUUCUGCAGUUGCAUCUGAGGCCGCUCGCAGAAUUAACUUCAGGCUGUGAGUUCCAAGGUUUCCCGGGAAGAAGUAAAUGUCUCCACUGAGAGUGUAAACGGUAUCCUCCUCUUCUUCCUUCUCCCCCCUCCUCCUCCCCCUUCAUCUCGACCGGGGCAUAGGCCACUGACAGCAGCUCGCUGGAGUCCUCUAUCCCAGGCCAGUGUUUCAAGUUGUCCCCAAGUGAAGCCCAUCUUCGAAGAUCCUUCCUCUCCCAGGGAUGAGGUCUUUGGGACUGGUAUUGGUGUUUCUGUAGCUCUGGGAUUUUACCUGAUGAGUUUUCUAGCACCAUGCUCUUCUCCUUUCACAGCCAGGGUAAGGACCAUGCACGGUGGAGUUGGUGUAAACCGUAAAUGCUGGAAAUUCAUAAUCUCCCAGAGAGCAUAUGAAAGGCAAGGAAUUGUUUUUGUUUCUGGAGGACCUGUGGCUUCAGCAUUUUCUGUUUUCAGUUCCAGUUUCCAGUGAUCCUAUUUAGUAUUUAUAGAGGAUACACGUAUAACAUAAAAACAGAACAGAAUUGGUGGUAAGUUCCCCAUUUCUGUUAAAGAAACCUUUUAACUGAAUCUGGCACACACGUUCAUUGAUGCAUUUUUAAGUGUUGGUUUGUGGGGUAGCAUGAGGAAAUCAGAUAUCCCUAAGACAUAGCAGCAGAAUUAGUGUGUUCUACCAUUCCAUCAUGGCUGAUUUAUUAAUCUUCUCCACCCUAUUCUCCUUUCUCCCUGUAACCUUUGACACCCUUAGUAAUGAAGAACCUAUGAACCUCCACUUUAAAUAACCCAAUAACUUGAAUGCUACAGAUUCACCACCCUCUGUUUAAAGAAAUUCUUCCUCAUCUCUGUUUAAAUGGACAUCCCUAUACUCUGAGGCUCUGCUCUCUGGUCCUAGUCUCCCCCAUGAUAGGAGACAUCCUCUCCACAUCCACUCUAUUCUAGACCUUUGAAUAUUUGAUAGGUGCCAGUGAGAAUUCCCCCCAAUUCUUCUAAACUCCAGAGAAUACAGACACAGAGCCAUCGAACACUCCUCAUUUGUUAACCUUUUCAUUUCCAGGAUCAUUUUCAUGAACCUCUCAGUUGAAGUGGUAUUUCUUUGAAUAAUUCAUGUAGUUACACUUAUGCCUUAAAAAAAUAGCAGGAUUCAAAACGCCGUUGGAAUCUCUGUGCGUAGAAAGAAAAAUUGUAUAAUAGUUUCUAAUUUGCAUUAGUCAGCCAUGCAUCAACCUUAACUCUCUCCACUGUAUUUGAAGUGCAUGCUUGUGCAUAGCUAAUGUCUCAGUUGCUUCCCAAUCACAUGAAUAAGUACUGUGAAUAGGCAUCAUAUCGCUCUUUCUUUGUAAAAAGACAGUAUCUAAUAACAUUUUUGCCUGCAGCGAUGUAGGAUAGACUCCUGGUUCCUUUAAGUGGGUGUAUUCUCAGUGGAAGUAUGAGCUGUGAGAGUUUUUUUUUGACCCAGUGGCUGUAAAUAUUGCACACAGUUCUUUGGCCGAAUCGAUGAGUUGAAUUACCAAAUUCUGCUCCUAUAUCUUAUAGAGUCAUAGAGCACCACAACACAUAAACAGGCCCAUCGGCCCAUCUAGUCCAUGAUGAACUAUUACUCUGCCUAGUCCCAUCAAUCUGCACCCAGACCAUAGCCCUUUAUACCCCUCUUGUCCAUGUAAUUAUCCACUUCUGAUGGCAGCUCAUUCUACACUUUAACAACCCUCUGAGUGAAGAAGCUCCCCCUCAUGUUCCCCUUAAACAUUUCACAUUUCACCCUUAGCCCUUGACCUCCAGUUCCAGUCCCACCAAACCUCAGUAGAAAAGGCCUGCUUACAUGUACGUUAUCUAUCUAGGUACCCUCCAUGAUUUUGUAGAUCUCUGUCAAAUCUCCCUUCAUUCUCUUACACUCCAGGGAAUAAAGUUCUGUAGUCUAACCAUGGAACAUCACCACGGAAUAGGGUUUACACACCCCAGCACGGGAGUGUGUCAGGUAUCGACCGAUCAUUUGAGACUAAGGAUAAAAGAUGUCCCUAUCACUUAAUAUCCAAAGUAUAGCACAAGUCAGUUCUGAAGCCUUGAGAUUGGCGACUUAGAGCACCUAAAGUUUUGGUGGAAAAAUUACUAUGUUAAUGAAGCUGGAUUUUUUUUUUACAAUGAAUUUAAACUCAUAGAAAGACAGUCUUUACUGAAUUUGAAAUUGUGUGCUGUUGGAACUUGACAGUCAGACAUUCCAAUGUGACAAUUAUUGCUUCUCUGGAUAAGAAUAAUUGGUGUUAAUGUUUGUAGAGGGAGCGAAAUGUUUGAUAUCACACACAGAAUGCUGGAGGAACUCAGCAAGUCAGGCAUCACCUAUGGACAGGAAUAAACAGUCGACAUUUUGGGCCAAGACCCUUCAUCAAGUUGCUCUGGACUUCCAGUAUCAGCAGAAUCUCUUGUGCUUAUAAAGUGUUUGCUAUAUUUGGAGUUACCAAGGCUACAGCUGCCAGAUGGUCAGGGUUUCCAAGUACUUCUAGGAUCUGUGGUUGUUUUAAACACUGCAAGAGGCAAGGACUGAAUCCUGACGGUGAAUGUUUGCUGAGUGGAGGUGACCAAGAGGGCUGAUACAGAUAAAAAUAAAAUCAAAGAAUGGCUGACUCAAGGCUAGUAGCUAUCGUGGGAGCUAGAAUUUCCCUGUUGGAGAACUACACACCAGGGAUUUUUUUGUUCAGAACUUUACAUGGGUUUCUCUAACACAAAUCAAAAGGAAAAUUAAUGCUAGGCCUGUGUUGAAUCAAAGGCUGCGAACAUUGUGAGCUACAAGCAAAACUAUUUGUGUUGUCUUAAUUAAGUGUGACAUACUGUAUCCCUCUUCUCGUAUAAGUACUGAAUUAUUCAGUUUUGCUGCUCUCAAGUGUCAAAUCACAUGUUUUAUUUGGUAAACGUUGAUUAUGAGUGUGCUGUUCUAACCUGUGUCUGAGUAACUUGUGUAGUCAUCAGUUGUAACAUUGACACACUCAAAAUUUACAGAAUUAAAACCUUUACUAAACUUCUACAGUUACCCUGUUUCAUUUAUGGUCCAG